AUGAAGAUUUCCACCCUUGCUCUGCUGCCCUUUGGGCUCUUCUUUCAAGUAUACGCUGCUUCCCAGUAUCAAUGGCUGCAAGACCUCGCCAAAGCAGACGGUAGCUAUGCCUGUUCCAAAUCAGCUCCCUGCGAGAUUGGCUGCUGCGGGCCUCUGGACCAAAAAACCGGUAAAGGGACUUGCGGCUUCGGUCCGGAUUUCUGCGGGAAAGGAUGCAGCUCAUCCUGCGACAGAAAAAGCGAGUGUGAUGCCGGCUGGGGAGAACAGUGGUCCAGCACAUCGGCUUGUCCAUUGAAUGUCUGCUGCAGCAAAUUUGGUUUUUGCGGAACUACACCUGAAUUCUGUGGAGGCAAUAAGGUGGUAUCACCUGAAUGCGACGGCACAAGCGCCCAUAAACGGACAAUCGGGUAUUAUGAAGGUUGGAACGUUGAAGGAAGGCUAUGUGAUAAGAUGACCCCAGAAAACAUCCCUCUAGGGAUUUAUACCCAUAUCAACUUCGCCUUUGCACUCAUCAAUCCAGAUACCUUCCGCAUCGCUCCCAUGGACGAUAAAACGGCGUCCAGAUACCGCUCCGUUGUAGCUCUCAAACGCCGCCAGCCCGCGCUGAAGGUCUGGAUUGCCAUAGGAGGCUGGGCGAUGAACGAUCCAGGUCCAACCCAGACUACAUUCUCUGAUCUUGCUGCAUCUGAAGAGAAUCAGCAUGCCUUCUUCGAGUCCCUUGUGAGCUUCGUACUGAACAACGGGUUCGAUGGUGUUGAUCUAGACUGGGAGUAUCCUGUUGCGGAUGAUCGUGGUGGCAAGCCAAAGGACUUUGAGAAUUUCGUGACUUUCAUUAAACGUCUACGGGAGAGGCUUAAUCAUGCUCCGAGGCAUAUUGGGUUGUCUAUUACUUUGCCCGCCUCAUAUUGGUAUCUGAGAGGAUUCGAUAUCGUCCAUCUCGAACCGCAUGUUGACUUCCUAAACAUAAUGACCUACGACAUUCACGGUGUUUGGGACGGCCCCAUCGAGGCUCUGGGCCAAUAUGCCCUUGCACACACAAACCUCACAGAAAUCAACCUCGCCCUGGAGCUGCUCUGGCGCAACCACAUCAACCCAGAGCGCAUAAACCUCGGCCUUGGCUUCUAUGGCCGCAGUUUCACCCUCGCAUCCCCGGACUGCGUACAAGCCGGUUGUGAAUGGAGCGAGGGCGGGCGGCCUGGCAAAUGCACAAACACAUCAGGCAUUCUCUCCGCAACUGAGGUAUCGCGCAUCCUCAAGGAGGGGAAGGGAAUGUCAUUCGAAGACAAAGAGGCCGCGGUCCAAAUCGUUGUCUUUGACAAGGACCAGUGGGUUGCGUAUGAUGACGAGAAAACCUUGAAAACGAAGCUGGAGUUCGCGAAUAAGCGAUGUCUGGGGGGCACGAUGGUUUGGGCUGUUGAUUUGGACGACGGUGGCUUGAUUGGGGCUUUGGGACAGGCAAUGGGGAAGGAAAAGGAGAUUGUCGUUGGUGAUUUCGGCUUCAACGAUUAUACCACGGAUUUGGGAACCAAUAGAACUGGGGAGCCUCCUGGUGCUUAG